AUGGAAGACAUGAAUUUCGGCCGGAAAUCGAUCGACCCUCAGUCAACAACAUCGAGCGACGGGUCGACACAAAAAUCGAUCGACGCUCAGCCAACAACAUCGAGCGAUGGGUCGAUAGAAAAGUUGGUCGACACUCCGCUACCAAUAUCGAUCGACGCCAUCCUGCCGGAAGCAGCUGUUGUUUUGAAUGCUGGACCUGAGCAUCAACAAACACUUGGAGAUUGCAACAGACCUGAUCGGUUCUACACUAACAGGUCUGUGAACCGUCCUCCAGCAAUUCCCAAAUAUUUAUCUCUAGCAAGUCAGCACCCUUUUCGUGAUCUUCCUCAUGAAAACCCCAUAGACCAUAUCGAAGCACUAGAGGACUUUGUGUCUAACAUCAAGGUGCAUGGAGUCUCUGAAGACUACGUAUUUUGCGAACUCUUCCCGCACUCCCUUGCUGGAGAUGCGACGCACUGGCUGAAACAAUUGCAGCCAGGAUCUUUGACUUGCUGGAUUGAUAUCAAAAGCGUCUUCCUCAACAACUUCUUCGAUGAUGCAAAAACCAAGGAAUUUAGGAAUAAGAUCUAUAAUUUUUCUCAAGGCACUACUGAAACUUUUAAGGCUUCUUGGUUGAGAUUCAGAGCCUACCAGGGAUACUGCCCACACCAUGAUGAGCAAGUUCGGUCUACCGAUGAGAGUCAGACUUUUCUACGUGAAGGAGAUGAAGAAGAGCAUGUAGACCUCAUCGAUGAAACUGGCUUUUGCAAACAAAGACUUGCAGAUCAGCAGCGAAACAUGAGCUUCACAAGGACCUACAAGGCAGAACAAACUCAUAAGAGCAAGCUGGAAUAUAUGAUGGGGCAAGUUCUAAAAGGCCAGCAGAAAAUGAGGGCGGUUCUCGAUGAAAAAUGGGAUUUCGUGUUUUCUGAUUUACAUGAUAAGUUUGAAACUUUGAGUGACCAUGUCAAGAAAUUGGAUAGCCUAGUUGCGCAUAACGUUGGGUUUGUCAGAAGGGAUGAAGGAUUCCUUCCUGGAAAAACUAACACCAACCCGAGACGUCAAGUUUGUGCUGCGUUACUAAGAAGCGGAAAACACCUUUCCCCGAGCACUGUAGAAUUCACUUCUGCAGAAAAAUCCCCUGAAAAUGAAAAGGCAACGAUUAACCUCGAUGAAGAAGAGGAGGAGUCAGAAGAAGAUGUGGAAAUCGAUCGACAAGAAGAGAAUAAUGUCGAUCGACUGACUACGGUAAAUAUCGAUCGACAGAAUGAAAACAAUGUCGAUCGACGCUCGACUCCUGCCAAGCCGGCAGUAAAGAGAGUGUAUAGGACUCUUCCACCCUUUCCUCUUAACAAGACGCAAAUUAAGCGAGAAUUGGAUAAGGCGAUCUGCAAGAAAGCAUUCGAUAAAAUCACGUUGGAAAUGCCACUAAGUGAUGCCAUAAAAGUAUCAUCUUCGAUUAAGAAAUAUGUAAAAUACAUGGUAUCCAACAGCUUCCCAGCUGCUAAACACAGCGUCAUGAUGGUUUCAGAGGAAGUAAGUUCAAUAAUCCAAGGCGAAACCCCGAUCAAGAGACCUGAUCCGAGCAGUUUUGUUCUAGAUUGCAACAUACGAGACAAGAGUUUUCCUCGAUCCCUUUGUGACCUAGGAUCCAACGUAAAUCUCAUGCCGCACUCUGUCGCAAUAUCUCUGGGAUACGACGAGUUCAAACCCACCGAAAUAACUUUGGUUCUUACUGAUAGAUCCGUUAGAGCACCUGACGGAUUACUAGAUGACGUGCCGAUAUGA